UGAUCUAGAGAAUAAGCCUUGAUCUAUUAAGGGGUAAGAAAGUGGUUCUUAUUCUGACACUGGCUUGCAUUAUAUCUGUCUGUUUCUAGGUUGAAUACGUUUCAGGAAAGGUUCUUUUCACUACCUAUUCUGAUUUGAAUAUGCUGAAGAAAUUAAAAUCUGCUGAAAGGUUAUUUUUGCUGAUUAAAAAGCUGCUUCCAUUUACUGCUGCUUCUUUAAGUAAAGGAAAAAUACUUAAUGAAGUACAACAGCUUGUACACAAUGAUCCUAGAAGUUGGUUGGAUGCCGUUUCAAUUUGGAGGAAUCUUCUUAAACUUGAUGUAAAUAGAGAAGAAUUUUCUCAGAGGGAUGCUAACCCACUAAAAAGAAAAAUGAGAGAAAACGAAGGCGUCAUUGCUAAGAAAUUAAAAACAGAAGAAAUGCAAAAGAUUGAAGAGAAUCAUAAGGAGUACCAGCUGGAAGAACAAACAGAAGACACCCUGGAGCAGAGAGAGUCUACCAUGAGAAGAGAUAAACUUGAAAAAGAAGAAAUUCAGAAGGAGGUAGAGAAAGCAGCUGGUGCUCAUAGCCAGGAGGACUUAACCUUCAGAGUUUCUUGUCGCUGCAGUGGAGCCAUUGGAAAGGUCUUUACUGCACAGGAAGUAGGAAGAAUAAUUGGAAUUGCUCUUAUGAAGCAGUUUGGAUGGAAAGCAGAUUUGAGGAAUCCAAAUUUAGAGAUCUAUGUACAUUUAAAUGACAUUUACACUGUGGCAGGGAUUCCUCUGUUCAGGGUUCCUUUAGCCAGCAGAACGUACAUUAAGACAGCUGGGCUGCGGUCUACCAUAGCGUGGGCAAUGGCAUCUCUUGCAGAGAUUAAAGUUGGUACAUUUGUUUUAGAUCCAAUGUGUGGACUUGGAACAAUACUUUUGGAAGCUGCUAAAGAAUGGCCAGAUGGGUAUUAUGUAGGUGCUGAUGUCAGCGACUCACAGUUGCUUGGUGCGUGGGACAAUCUGAAAGCUGCAGGCCUUAAUGAUAAGAUUGAAUUACUUAAAGUCUCUGUCAUAGUACCCACAGCUCUUCUCCUACACCACCCACCUGCGAUGUGUGAUCCCAAGUUCCCACUUCCUCCAGGACUCCACCGGGGCCUGCAGAUCCACAGCCUGCCGAACAAAACCAUGACACAUCCCCCUUACCCUGCACCCAGACCCCACACGAGGUGCCUCAUAGUGAGGUGUCCGGCACUUCAGCUUGGGAGAGCUGACGGGAGGCUGGCUGGCACCCACAGGAAGGGGCCGAGCCCAUGGACAUGUCUGUGGGGUAGCAGGCGGAGCAAACCUGUGUGCAGCUUGGAAAGAAAGACUAUGAAUCUGAGCAUCCUCUGCCCCCAAGAAGGGAGCCAGGUCUGCUGAGGACUCAAAUUGGCUGCCUGGCUGCCCUGACCAGGUACACCCAGACACGGUCCUAGGACGGGAAAGCCAGAAUCAUCACCAAGGAGAAGAAGGAGAACUUAGGAUGUUUGCUAGGCUUCUCAUGGAUUAUAGCAGUGCCUGGUUCUCUGGCCAAGAAAAGCUGCGGAACAAGAUGUUGAAAAAGCACCACUGAUGCCUUGUAAUAAAAUGCUCAGAAAAAAUGAAAAAGGUAGGAGAAAAAAAAGAUACAAUUUUUAAGUCCUCCAUUGUAAGCCAGUUUAUAGGAUAAGUAUUUCAAACUAUAUAAUUUGAUUUCUAGCGUUCUCAUUCUCAGCAGUGUUCUUGAUUGGACUAUAAAUUAUACGGCGACCCAAUCCAGAUGGCAAACUGCCUUGUGUACGUUUGAGACGAUUACAGACUUCUGGGUUAAAAUGGCAGAUGAAAAUUUCAAUGAAAGAUUUGCCCGCUUCUGCACUUGUUUAAAUGAGAAAAAAGGGGGAAAAAAUCUACCAGCAGCAACUAAGGGAAAGAUAAUUAAUGAAAUAAUUUUCAAAUUUUAUUUCGUCCACAAUGGAAAGGGAGUUAUAGAUAGAACAGGGCUUACUUAACAAGGUUGGACAUUGUAUUUACAGAGUUAAUGAAGCUGUGUGUUACACAGAAAUAUUGUGCCCAACCAAAAAUGUCAUUUUUGUACAAAAUUUUUCAAAUAUGAAAAAAUUCAUAUAACAGUUUACUAUAAGCCCGUUGAGAGGAGUGGAAUUUUUCAUUAAAUCCAGACAUUUAAGAGACGAGCCAGCUGAAAAACAAGGAAAGUCAAGGCAAAAUGAUUGGUAAAGAGGAUUGAAUUAAAUGUACAAUUAAUUUUAAACAACUAUCAGAAUUACUGUUACAUGACAGGAUGUGAGUAUUAGAAACCAGGACACUGGAAAAAAUAACAGACAGUGCAAGGAAAGAAAAUAGGAAGCCAGGUAUGCCCAAUUCUGUAAGUCCUCACCCCUCAGUUAAAGCGAGGCAUGGGGAAUAUGCACUCGGUAAAUUGAGGCAGAAGGAUCACAAGCCUAGCUACCCACUAGGUUCAAGGCUGGCCUGGAUUACGUAGAAAGACCCUGUGCCAAAAAGAAAAUUAGGAAGUCUUCAACUUAGUGUGGUUUUAAAUAUGUGCACAACAGAAUAUCUUCAAAGCCCUUCAAACGUAUGGGAAGAAAUCCUGGGGCUAUAAAUCUGAAUUUUAAACAUUUUUCUACUGGAAGGCAGAAAAAAUAGGGU